AUGCGUUUCGCCAUUUCUUUAGGUGCGGCGUGCGCCUGGGCUGGCGUUGUGCUGGCAGCGUUGCAGGUCGCCGAGGAUAACAGCACCAUCACUCUCAACAAUGACCGUUUCACAGCUGUUUGGAGCAAGAGCAAGGGAUCAGUUGUCGAUAUGUUCCUCGAUGGUCAGGAUCUUCUCGGACCUCAAUCCGGCUCUACGGGUAUUGGUCCCUAUCUCGACUGCUACUGCGUCCCCUCGGGUUUCUACACAGCGGGCGCCACAAAACCGAGCAUGCAGUAUGUCGAAGGAACCGACUCGACCGGAACGAAAUACGCCGGAGUCAUCCUAAAUGAUACCUAUACCCCUACUGGACAGCAGUUCCAGCAAUACUGGUUCCUGCGUGACGGAGAGACAGGGCUGCACAUGUUCAGCCGUCUGGCUUACUACAACGAGACCACUCCCUUCCUUCGCAACCUCCAAGAAUUCCGCACGCUCUUCCGGCCGAACACGCAGUUGUGGACACAUCUUACGUCCAGUGAGCUCCAGACGGCUCCACUGCCGAGCAAGAAUGCUGUGAGCAAGCAGGUGGUCGUCCAGGACGCCACGUGGCGAUUCAACAACACCCCAGAAGAUGCUUACUACACCCAAUUCUCGGAUUAUUUCACCAAGUACACGUUUUCGAACCAAUGGCGCGAUAACGACGUUCACGGGCUUUACGGAGACGGUACGAACUCCAACGGCUCGACCUACGGCGCCUGGUUGGUCAUGAAUACGAAGGGCCCGCUGCACUCCGAUCUGACCGUCGAUGGUAUCGUCUACAACUAUAUUGUCUCCAACCACCACGGUGAAGGUACACCCAACAUCACCAACGGCUUUGACCGGACAUUCGGCCCUCAGUUUUACUUAUUCAAUGGUGGCAAGGGCUCCACGUCUUCUCUUGAGGAUUUGCGGUCGGAAGCUGCAAAGCUGGCUGAUCCCAGCUGGAACGCCCAGUUCUAUGACUCAAUCGCCAAGCACGUCGUUGGCUAUGUGCCUUCCACGAAGCGUGGCAGCGUCAACGGUCAGGUCCGCCUUCCGAAGGGCGCUACCAAUCCUAUUGCCAUCCUUACUGUGGACGGCCACUACUUCCAGGACAACAGUGUCGUCCCAUCCUCAUACCAGUACUGGACGCAUAUUGACUCUAGUGGCAAGUUCCGCAUCGAUCGCGUUGUCGAAGGCAAGUAUCGACUGACUGUCUACGCUGACGGCAUAUUCGGCGACUUUGUGCGCGACGGUGUCACCGUCAAAGCUGGGAGGACCACCACUGUGAAAGAGAAAUGGGUCGCCGAGUCCGCCGGCAAAGAGUCCUCCGGCGAGUUCCGCCAUGGUGUCGCGCGCGAUCCCACACACCCACUGCACCCGCCGGAGUAUCUGAUCUACUGGGGUGCAUACGACUGGCAAUCCGAUUUCCCCAAGGGGAUCGACUACAAGAUCGGCAGCAGCGACCCGGCGACGGACUUCAACACUGUGCACUGGUCGGUCUUUGGCCCCACGCCCGACAACCCGGAUGUCGAGUACAACACGACCCACGACUGGAGAAUCAACUUCUCCCUGACGGAGAAGCAGCUCCGCAAGUCUAAGAAGGCUACCCUAACCAUCCAGCUUGCCGGUGCCAAGACAGCUUCGGGCAACACGGAUGUGUACAAUGCCGCAGAGCCGUACAUCAACCUAUCCCAUGAGAGCUACAUCAAUGACCAGAAGGAGCCCCUCUCCUUUGUCAUUGGCUUUAACCAGUCCAGCAGCUGUAUUGUGCGUUCUGCCGUCAGCUGCUACCAGGUCCGCUCACGGAUGGAGUUCCCUGCGGACUGGCUUAAGGUCGGUGAGAAUACCCUCACACUGCAUCUGCCGUACAACGCGACCGAUACGGAGACUGCCAUUCUACCGGGGACCGUAUAUGUGCAAUACGACGCUCUGAGGUUGGAGCUGGAUUAG